GGAGGCGGGAGGCGCCUGCAGUCGAGGCAGCUGAGCUCAGGCCAGCUGCUGCUCUUCACCUUUCCCUUCGCAGUGCCGGCUGAUGGAUUACAGGGCCAUGACUGGCUCUCACCGAGCCCCUGGUCCCCUCUAGCCUAGUCCCCAGAGAGGGAAAGGCCCCUGCUCAGCAGAGUCCUGCUGGGCCCUGCCAGCUCCUGUGCUCCACCAUGCCUCUCUUGGAUUUUUUCUGGGCUUGCUUCAGGAAAGUGAAGUGCUUUCCUUUGUUGCAGUUGAGGAAGAAUGCUGAAGCCGAGGCCAAAAAAGCUUGUGAGUGGCUCCGUGCAACAGGAUUCCCUCAGUAUGCUCGGCUGUUUGAAGAAGGUUCAUUUCCCCUGGAUAUUGGCUCUGUGAAGAAGGACCACGGUUUUCUGGACGAGGACUCUUUGGGGGCCCUGUGCAGGAGGCUGAUGACCUUGAACAAUUGUGCCUCGAUGAAACUGGAGGUUCAUUUUCAAUGCAAGCAGAAUGAAGACCCAGAAGAGGAAGAGCAGUGUACCAUCAGCAGCCACUGGGCCUUCCAGCGGGAAAGUAAGCGCUGGUCUCGCAUGGGCUCCUCUGACUUGCUGGCCCCACCGAGCGCUGGCCUGCCAGUGACUUCAAGCUGUGAGAGUGUCCUCACUGAGCUUAGUGCCACCUCCCUGCCAGCCAUCACCGUGAGCCUACCGCCUGAGCCAGUGGAUCUGCCCUUGCUAGGCUGUGCCCCCAGCCCGAGUGACCAGUCCCUUCUCAGCCCCACUCAGGGCCAGGAGGGUCCCCAGGACAAAGCCAAGAAGCACCGUUCCCAUAGCUUCCUCAAGCACCUUGAGUCUCUGAGGCGGAGGGAAAAAGGUGGCAGGCAGCAGGCAGAGCCUGAGCGUAUCCCAGCCACCUCAGAGAAGGUCACAAAAGCCUCAUCUGUCCGUAGUUGCCGUGGCUUCCUCUUAUCUGGAUUUUACAGAGCCAAGAACCGAGCAGCCACCUUAGCCAGUGGUGGUGGUGCUGAGACUCAGAGGGCCGGGGGAGCCUGGCCUGUGGCCACGUUCUGGCAUCCUCUGCGGGUACACCGGGGUGACUGCCUGGUGCAUGUGCCCGGGGACCACAAACCAGGCACAUUCCCACGUUCCCUGUCCAUUGAGAGCCUAUGUCCUGAGGAUGGACAUCGUCUGGCAGAUUGGCAGCCAGGAAAGUGCUGGGGCUAUGACAGGCGCCGGGGCUCCUGUGGCUCAACGGGCAGCCAUGCCAGCACCUAUGACAACUUGCCCGAGCUGUACCCAGCUGAGCCUAUACUGGCUGGGGCCGAGGCCGAAGAUGAGGAGGAGGGUAGAGGCAGCUACGCCCACCUAGACAACAUCCUCCAUCAUGUGUGGGGACUGCAGCAACAGGUAGAGCUCUGGUCUCAGGCCAUGUACCCAGACCUGGGGCCUGGAGCUAAGGAAGAGGAAGAAGAUGAGACAGAAGAGGAAGAGGCCACUUCUUUGGUAGAAAUAGCCACAGUUGAGGUUGAAGGCCAGGCAGAGGCUCUGGCCCGUGGAGAAUCCCCAGCCCAGGCCAAAGUGCAGCCAGUAGCCCCAGCUCAGGCUCAGGCUCCAGCCAAAGCUGAGCCAUUGACACAGGUAGAGACCCUGGACUCGGCCCAGGACAUUGAGCAGGAGGCACAUUCAGGUGGAGAACCCACCUCUGCCUCUAGCCUGUCUGUGGAAGGAGGACACUCCAUUUCUGACACUGUGGCCUCCUCCAGUGAACUUGACACUAGUGGGAACUCCAUGAAUGAGGCUGAGGCUGCAGGGUCCAUGGCUGGACUACAGGCAUCACUGACCCUUGAACGGCGUGAUUCAGGAGUUGGGGCCUCACUUACCAGGCCCUGCAGGAAGCUCCAUUGGCACAGCUUCCAGAACUCCCAUAGGCCCAGCCUCAACUCGGAGUCACUGGAGAUCAACCGGCAAUUUGCAGGCCAGAUCAGCCUCCUGCAUAAGGGCUCUAUGCUGCGGCUCACCGCCUUCAUGGAGAAGUACACUGUGCCCCACAAACAGGGCUGGGUUUGGUCAGUGCCCAAGUUCAUGAAAAGGAACAAGACCCCAGACUACCGGGGACAGCACGUAUUUGGGGUGCCACCCCUCAUCCAUGUGCAGCGCACGGGCCAACCACUGCCACAGAGCAUUCAGCAAGCCAUGCGCUACCUGCGCAGCCAGUGCUUGGACCAGGUGGGCAUCUUCCGCAAGUCUGGGGUCAAGUCCCGGAUCCAGAACCUGCGCCAAAUGAAUGAGGCCUCCCCUGACAAUGUCUGCUAUGAGGGCCAGUCGGCCUAUGAUGUGGCUGACCUGCUAAAGCAGUAUUUCCGGGACCUGCCUGAGCCCAUCUUCACCAGCAAGCUCACCACCACUUUCCUGCAGAUCUACCAGUUCCUCCCCAAAGAUCAGUGGUUGGCAGCCACACAAGCUGCUACCUUGCUGCUUCCUGAUGAGAACCGAGAGGUGCUACAGACCUUGCUCUACUUUCUAAGUGACAUUGCCUCUGCUGAGGAAAACCAGAUGACAGCUGGCAACCUGGCAGUGUGUUUGGCACCCUCCAUCUUCCAUCUCAAUGUCUCCAAGAAGGAUAGCCCCUCACCCAGGAUCAGGAGCAAACACAGCCUGGUUGGCCGGCCAGGCCCUAGGGACCUGAGUGAGAACAUGGCUGCCACCCAGGGCCUAUCACACAUGAUCAGUGACUGCAAGAAACUUUUCCAGGUGCCCCAGGACAUGGUGUUGCAACUUUGUGGCUCCUACAGUGCAGCUGAGCUCAGCCCUCCUGGUCCAGCCCUGGCUGAGCUGCGGCAAGCCCAAGCUGCUGGGAUGAGCCUGAGCCUCUACAUGGAGGAGAGCAUCCAGGAGCUGCUGCGUGAUGCUGCUGAGCGCUUCAAGGGCUGGAUGAGUGUGCCAGGUCCCCAGCAUACAGAGCUGGCUUGCAGGAAGGCACUGGAUGGGCACCCCCCGCAUAUGUGGAAGGCGUCCACAGAGGUGGCAGCCCCUCCAGCCGUGGUGCUACAUCGUGUUCUACGGGAGCGGGCCCUUUGGGAUGAGGACCUGCUGCGGGCCCAGGUGCUGGAAGCCCUGAUGCCGGGUGUGGAGCUGUACCACUAUGUUACCGACAGCAUGGCACCCCACCCCUGCCGCGACUUCGUGGUGCUCCGGAUGUGGCGCUCAGAUCUGCCUCGGGGGGGUUGCCUGCUUGUCUCCCAGUCCCUGGACCCUGAGCAACCUGUGCCGGAGUUGGGGGUACGGGCCCUCAUGCUCACUUCCCAGUAUCUCAUGGAGCCUUGUGGCCUGGGCCGCUCUCGGCUCACUCACAUCUGCCGUGCUGAUCUCAGGGGCCGUUCUCCUGACUGGUACAACAAAGUCUUUGGGCACCUGUGUGCCAUGGAAGUGGCAAAGAUCCGGGAUUCCUUCCCCACACUGAAGGCAACUGGUCCUGAGACAAAGCUGUGAGCCUCGGGCUGGUCCCAGGGUAGCACCACCCAGGCUCCCUGGCUCCAAGGGAGUGAGGGGGAAUAGGAGUAGAGCAGCCCCCUGGAUGCUGCUGCCAGGGACAGAGCCAGGCCCAGAUGUCUCCAGCUGCCUGUCCCCCUUAAUUUUUAAAGCUCCCCUCCACUUACAGGGGAGGAAAAGAGAACUGAGGUGUCCCAUCUUCAUUCCACCUUCAUCCCCAACACUGUAUUCUACUCUCCCAGGAGAGGAGAGUCAUGUUGGUAGCAAGAAGAUGGUUGCUGCCCUCCACCUGCCCAUGAAGCCACCACUCAGUCUGAAGCCUCAAAAACUCCCUCGCCUGCAGGGGGAAGGAGGUAGAGAGCAGUGUGUGGGCCCAGAUUUCUGCCAGACUGGGAAGCCAAACCAUCCUGUUUGAUGCUAGGGUCCUUUUGAGGUUAGGCAGGAGGUUCUGGUCCUGCCUUUGUAGCCAACAAUGGCCUUCAACUUGCUUUUCCGGAGAAAUCAGACCGGAGCUGGUGGGCACAGGGUCAGAGAAAAGGGCAGCCCCAACCACCACGAUCUGUUGUGUCUGUGUAAAUACGAGGUUGAUUUUUAUGAGGCUGAUUUAGAGUGGACACUGACGGGCCCCUCGUAGGCGACAUGAUGAUUUGGGAUAACUUGGGAUGUAAGAGUGAGGAACCUUCCUUUCUCAAGUCUCAAGAGACCAAUGAGCCAGUCUCCCCUGGCUUGGACUUCACCCUUUAUCUGCAACUCCCUGGAGUCCUGUGUAGCCUCUUGUCACGGACUGCCACAUCUGCACAGGCCAAGCAAAAGCAGAAAGUGGUAAGGAGACAGGUAUCUGUGUCCUCAUCCAUUUUGCCUAUAGUAGUAGGCUAAUAGAGCACCUUCCUCUAGCAGAGACCUGGCCCCUGGGCCAGCCACAUGGAAGGGCCCAUCUUAGCUAGCUGGGGCUUGAUCCACACCCAGUCUAUCCCAGCCACCAGCUCAUAAGGAAAUUCAAAUGCCAUUCAAAGGCCAGCUGAUGCUUUAUUUUUCUUUCUGCUAAAUGAACUGGAGUGGGAUAGGUCCUAGCCACCAUUGUAACUUUUAAGCUUAUUUUAUUUGCACUUAUAAAUACUGUACAGUCAGAAUA